AGGGUGAGAGCUGCGCAAAAGCGCCAUUACAUAGCCGCAAUCCUCUCGAGCCCGAUGAUUGCCACGGCGGCGAACCUGGGUCCCCCUGGCUCGCUAUUUCCGGUUCCCGUUCCAAAGCUUCACCGACCCAUGAUGAUCUGUCGCCAAUCUUCUGUACCCCUCACCCACUCAAUCAAAUCCCACCUCGCCAUCAAGAGAAUCAAAGCCCUCGCAUCCCCCACCCCUUCUCACACUUUCUACUCCGCCGCCGCCACCGCCGCCGCCGCCGCCGCCGCCGCCGCUAUGGAAUCCCUCAUCCUCGAGCUCCACUCCAUCGAAGCGGUAAAGUUCGGCCAUUUCAAGCUCAAGUCCGGCAUCUCCUCUCCCAUCUACAUCGAUCUACGUCUCAUCGUUUCCUACCCUUCUCUCCUCUCUCGCAUCGCCGACAUACUCUUCUCCGCCGUGUCAUCUUCCGCCGCGCCAUUCGACCUCGUCUGCGGUGUCCCUUACACCGCGCUCCCUAUAGCCACCGUAUUCUCUGUCAACCGCUCCGUCCCCAUGCUCAUGCGCCGUAAAGAGGUGAAAGAUCACGGAACUGCACGUGCUAUUGAGGGGGUAUACCGUGCAGGCCAGAUCUGCCUCGUGGUGGAAGACCUUGUCACCAGUGGCGCCUCCGUGCUGGAGACCGCUGCACCGCUCCGAGCCGAGGGUCUCGAGGUGAGCGACGCUGUCGUGGUAAUCGAUCGGGAGCAGGGAGGCCGGGAGAAUCUAGCGGAGAAGGGGAUUCGUCUUCACUCGCUGUUUACGCUGUCGGAGAUGGUAGAAGUGCUUGUGAAGAGCGGGAGGUUAUCGAACGAGAUGGCGUUGGACGUGAAGACAUUUCUUGAUGCUAAUAGGAGAGUAGGGGUUCCGGCGCCGGUGACCGCGCCAACGAGGGUUAGGCUUUCGUAUGGGGAGCGGGCGGCGUUGGCAAAAAAUCCGGCGGGAAAGAGGCUAUUUGAGGUGAUGGAGGUGAAGCAGAGCAAUCUUUGUUUGGCUGCCGACGUGUCCACCGCCAAGGAUCUUCUCGAGCUAGCCGAUAAGGUUGGACCUGAGAUUUGCUUAUUAAAAACUCAUGUGGAUAUAUUACCUGAUUUCACCCCUGAUUUUGGAUCUAAGCUUCGCUUGCCAGCAGAUUAAAGAGCUCUCAGAUAGCUGCUGUUGAGAGUUUUAGAGUGCUUGAGUUUAUUUGUUGGAGAGUUUUUAUUAUUUUUAGAAUUUGUGUUUGAGAGCUGUUUAGUAGUAUGUACUUAAGUUGAUUGUAUAGUCGAAUUAUUGAUUAUUUAUAUUUUUAUUUUACUUGCA